CACAAUCACUUCUGUGAUUUGAUACUACCUUUAUGCGUCCGUGCUCCCGCAACCUGUCUUCUAGCACGUGAGCGCUUACUCGCGUAAACUUUCGCUUUUGUUUUAGGUUAUGGUUUUAUUUUUGUUGAAUACAGGUGUGUUUCUGAAAAUAUGCCUAUAAAUGGUCUGUAUACAAACGCAGUUUCGCUUCAGGAUAUACAUACACAAGUUGCGUUUUGAGGUACUGAAGAAUUAGGCUAAUGGCCAUAAAGGAACUUACAUUUGUGGUGUGUUUUUGGGCCGUCUGUGGGCAUGAAUUCUUCUCAUCAACAGAUCAAAUUGCACAGCUUUAUGAAAUGAAGAAAGACCUUCUGAUGAGCUUGAGUCAGUGCAUUGAUGCUAAAGAAGAGGAUGUUGAGAUGAAGAGUGCUCUUCAGAAUCUUCUGCUUUCAUACUCUGAAUCUGAGGACCCUGAGAAAGCCGUGAGAGACCCUGUGGCAGCUUACAAACUCCUCAGAAGAUUGAGAAGUGAAUUGAUAAUUAUUAUAAAACACUUUCAGUUGACUUAUCAGUGCAACACGUAUGAGGAUGAGUUCCUAGAGAUCCCAGAACUAGAGGACUUGGAUGGUGCUGCUUCAGGACUGAUCAGACUGCAAGAGAUCUACAAACUUUACCCACAAAACAUCACAAACGAAACGUCUCUAAAUGCGGAUGAAGCUUACCAUGUGGGGUGGGUUGCUCACGAAGAGCGCAAAUUCCAGCAUGCCUUUCUCUGGUUUCUGUACAGUUUGAACAAAUUAACAAAAAGCUCAAUUACUACAGAGAAAGAGUUGUUCUACUACCUCAAAUCCUCAGCCUUUUGGUUUGGCAGCCUACCUCAGAUCUACUUCAACCAGCAGCUUCCAAAUCUCGAUCCAAGCAAUGAUGAAGUCAAAGUUCAGUUGAACAGACUCCUUCACUUCCUGGGAACUUCAAACCCUGACAUAUUCACAUUGAACACAGAGUCAAGUCACUAUGAGACACUGUGCAGAGGAGAGAUUGAUGAGAUGACCUCCAAGAAGCAGAUGGCGCUGUCCUGUAGGUACAGCACAGGUGGAGGAAACCCCAGACUGAUGUUUGCACCAGCAAAAGAGGAAGUGGAGUGGGACAAGCCUCGAAUCAUCAGAUAUCAUGACAUUAUUUCAGACAGAGAGAUAGAGAUCCUGAAGAAUAUCUCCAGACCUCUACUUUUUAGGUCCGAAACUAGUGAGGGAGUAUCGAAGAUCCGUACUUCUCAAUGUGUUUUUCUCGAGGAAGACAACCCUGUGGUUUCUCGUGUCAGUCAGAGAAUUGCAGACAUCACAGGACUCUCCAAGGAAUCAGCUGAAGACCUACAAAUUCAGAAUUAUGGGAUUGGUGGCAGAUAUGAACCACAUUAUGACGCAUGGGAUGAAGAGAAUGAAAGGAUUGCUACAUUCUUAAUUUAUAUGAGUGAUGUGGAGAAAGGGGGCGCCACUGUUUUCCCUCAAGUUGGAGUUGCAUUGAAGCCAAAAAAGGGUUCAGCUGUGUUUUGGUACAACCUCCACAAGAAUGGAAAUGUGGAUUUGAAUACAGAGCAUGCUGGAUGCCCUGUGUUAAGGGGUAACAAAUGGGUGGCUAAUAAAUGGAUCCUUCAGUUUGGACAGGAGUUCAGGAGACCCUGUUCUUUGUCAUACUGGGAGUGAAAGACACUGAGACCAUGGAGAAAUGUAUCCGUUAUAUUUAUUAUGUGCCAUAUAGUUUUUAGAUAGGAUCAUAACAUACUGUCUAGGUGCCAGUACUGUUAAUAAUAACUGUUAUAUAUAAUUAAAAAAAAAAGUUCAAUAGAUUAAAAUAAAGUUUCAUUACGAUUUCAGUGGAUAAUAACUUUACCUGAGUGGAUCAUUCAGCGGCCAGUAAGGAGUUAUUCCUGUAAAUGAGAUGCUAUUGCAUUCUUUGCCAUUAUAUUUAAAGCUUAAUUUUAAAUGUGCUGGAAUGUUGAUUUACAUGUUUUGCAAGUCUGUUUUAUAAUAAAAAUGUGUUGUAGAUUGUAGUAUUAAUGUUUGGGUAUUAAUGCUAAAU